GUUUACCUGGCGACUGAUAUAUUGGUUGAUGAUGAGUGUAUACACUAUAUAAAAGAAACAUAAAGUCACUGAAUAACCUACAUACUUUCAACUGGCGCUACAGGUUAAUGUAUACAUAGUAUUUCGAUAUGGCUCAAUUUUUAGGAAAAUGGAAUUCAGUAUCUAUGACCAACAUCGAAGCUGUAGGAAAAGUAUUGGGCUUUACAGAUGAAAUGAUUAAAAAGUACCAAGAAUCUAAAUGGACAUUUGAGUUCACCAAAGAUGGAGAUACGUUCUCAAUUACAAAUGAAUCAAAUAACACACCUAAAUCAACUAAUACAUACGAAGAGGGGAAGGAAUUGGUGACGAAAAACUCAUUUGGACAAUGUCUUAAGAUUACUAUCACAUUUGACUCGGAUUCCAAAAUGACUGUAUUGGAAAAAAUGGAACUACCAGGUGGUUGGAAAAAUAUAAAACUUGUACGAACAGUUGAAGGAAACAAAAUGACAGCAGUUGUGGAAGUACUGGAAAGUGGCGCAAAGAUGACCCAAACUUUCGAGAAAUGCACAUAGUCUGAGGAACAAACAAACCAACGGAGUGGUAGUUAACGUCUUGCAUAAGCGUUGUAUGAAUGUAUGAAAUCGUCUUGCGAUGAAUUUAAACAGAAUAUGUGUGUAUAUGUGUGUGUAAUAAAAAAGCGACAAAAAAAAACUGUUUUUUUUGUUAAAGAACAGAAGAGCACAGAAAACUUCAGCAAAAAUCAGACAAUCAUUUGUUUUUAUGUUUAACCACUAUAAUAUUUGAAGUUAAUAAACACUUGUUGGCAGCUAUGCAAUAAACUUUUUUCUAAGAUA